GACCAGAGAAGCUCUGCAGCAUCGCUCCGUUGGGCUUAGAAUAUUUUCCUGAUAACGGCUGGACUUCUACUGGCUGUUCUGGCGGCAGCUCUCAGUGUUCAGACGACGAUGAUGCUUCUUCUUCUUCUUCCUGUUCUCUGAGCCGGAGCUUCACUUUAAACCCACAGGAAAACUUCUUCUGGAUGUGUGAGGAUCAUGCUGCUGCUGCUGCUGUUGGUCUGUCUGCAGACGUCUGUCCAGGAGCAGACUCCGCCCCCUGGUCGCUGUGACUUCCUUCAGAGGGAGGAAGUUCAUUCCAGCUGCACUUCCUGUGCCGCCGACGGCCGCUGUCCCCGAGGGUUCAGCAGCGUAGGAACCAUGAACUGCAGUUACCUGGUCCAGGUGGGCAGCAGGGAUCUCCAGCUUCAUGGAUGUCAGCUCGUCUGUGUGAGGAACUUCAUGUCUCCUCAUUGCUGCCCUCAACACUGGGGGGCGCUGUGCCUCCCUUGUCCCAGCUGGUCGGGAAAAACCUGCAACUUCCACGGAGUCUGUUCUGACGGAGACGUCGGCAAUGGAAGCUGCAUCUGUGAUGACGGGUUCUCUGGGUUCUCGUGUCAGAACUGUAAGAAUCCAAAGGCCUACGGAGAGAAGUGUGAUAAAGUGUGUGAUUGUGAACAUGGAGUGUGUAAUGCAGGUCCAGAGGGUGAUGGUCAGUGUCUGUGUCAGUCUCCGUACACCGGGAGGCGCUGUGACCACGUGAGCAGCGGCUGCAGGGGCUGUCCUCUCUACUCGUUCUGUAAAGGCGACGGAGACGCUGCUUCCUGUGAAUGUCUGCCCGGAUAUCGGAGAACCAACGUGAACAAAUGCAGCAGUGUGUGUUCUCAGAGGGAUUGCGACGUCAACGCUCAGUGUUCCUCUCAGGGAUCCCGGAUCAGCUGCGUUUGUAAACCCGACUACGAGGGCGACGGCCGGGUCUGCCUUCCCAGGAACCCCUGCAGUGACAACAACGGCGGCUGUCCGUCCAACUCCACCGUCUGCGUCUUCAGGGGACCCAACAAGUCCAGCUGCGAGUGCAUGGCCGGCAUGUCUCCAAUAGGAGGCAGUGCUGAGUCGGGCUGCCGGCUGAUCUCCGCCUGCUCAGCUGAUACCUGUGACUCCAGCGCCACCUGCAAGACCGAACUGGACGGACGACCGAGGUGUGUGUGUGAGGCGAAUGAGAUUGGUGAUGGACGGCGUUGUUAUGGCAACCUGAUGGAGCGUCUGAUGGAGUUGGACCGAAGCGGCAGCCAGAGGGAGAACCUGACCGGAGCAGUGGCACUGUUCGAAAAAGGAUGUUCACUGCUGCUGAGCCACAACGGACCGUUUACCGCCUUCAUCCCGCAGCUGAAGACGCCGCUGACGGGCAUUAACGAGGAGCUAAUGUGUAAAAACCACCUGAUCCUGGGUCAGUUCCUCUACGCCGACCUGCAGGGGCGAGACUUCAACAUGUAUGGAGGGGCCAAGCUGAGGACCAAAGACCACCAGAGGUUCAUCCUGAUGGAGGAACCCAGCAGGUUCUACUCUGUCAUCCUGCGGGACCUGCCGGCAGCCAAUGGCAUCAUUCACAUCAUAGACCGGCCAAUCAGCAGCUCGCAGUCGGACAGGGCGGCUCGAGAUGAACAGUUUGCUGAUUUGACGGUCGGAGAGAUUCUGUCUAAAGAUGGAAAAUUCAACCGUUUCCUUUCUCUGGUGGACAACUGUGGGUCGCCUCCUCCUCUGAGGGGUCCGGGUCCAAUCACGGUCUUUGUCCCAACCAACCAGGCGAUAGACCGAGCCCGAGACGGCAGCAUCCUGUACAUGCUGCAUGACGCCAAACACAAACUCCAGGAGCUGCUCAGACAUCAUGUUUUCCCUCAGGCUGUGCUGACGGUGGAUGAUCUCAGCGCUCUGCCUCGCAUCCAGACAAUGGCUAAUCAGAUGAUCAGCAUCAGCGUGUCGAAUGAUGGUCAGAUCUUAUUGGGCGAUAAACGGAUCCAGCUGGCGAGCACCAACAUCAUGGCAUCCAAUGGGAUCAUCCACAUGAUUGACGGGCUGCUGGUCCCGCCCUCCAUCCUGCCCAUCCUCCCCCACCACUGUGAUGUCACCGAGAGCAAGAUCACCGUGACUUAA